UGGAUUUUUGUUCUUGUUUUGUCUGUGUUUUUUUUAAGCAAUUGAGAAUAAUUUUUCUUGUUAUGACUGCUUCCUGUUCCUUUGCGGAGUUAAGCUGGGACAGCAGCACUCUGGUUGCAGGGCUUGUUGCUCAUUUCUCCCCUCCCCUCCUGCAGUUGAUUUUAGACGCUGCUGGACACUGUCCAACAGGAAAUCCAGUCUUACUGGGAAAACCAUCACAACCUACUCAAAGGUACCAGCUUUAAAUGAUAACGUGGUUUCAAACGAGAGCUGGAAAUGUUCCCAGGCUCCCAGACAUGAGUUGCUCCCCCCUUGCACUGGACUUUGCUGAAGUUGAACCCCCUGGCAUGCCUUCCCACAGCAUCACCAUGACCAGGCUCUGGUGUGGGUGGCUGGGGAACCAACCUGCAAAAGACCAGGUGAGCCCCAUCAUCCAAACAUAGACUGAGUCCACCCCCUCAGGUACUGGCUGGGGGGAUUUUCCACAUCUUGAGAAAGAAGCAUGAGGUGCUACUAGCCUGGUCCUGUGCUGCAGGACCCCUGUGAGCACAGUGUGCCCUCGCUGUAGCAUCAGUACUCAUAUGCAUCAAACCUUGGAGCAGUUUGAAAUUGCAACAGAGCUUCUGUGUGUCUGCAGAUAAACACAUGGAAAGGGUGAAGCAGGGAAGCAUGCCUUUUCUCGUCCAUUGCCUCCAAAGAGGAAAAGGAAAUAAGAAUUAAAAUUCCUGAGAGGAGAAAUAAGUAAUCCUGCCCAUCAGACAAUGGUUAUUUUAUACAUGAUAAAUCAUCUGAUAUAUGCAAGGAAACAACACUAGGGUGCCUGUGCUGACUAUGCAGGAGUAUAAUCUUGCAGGGCUAUGUGUAGGAUGUCUGCUCUAAGACCUGUCAGGUACUGAAAAUGCAGACAGAUAUAGUACCACAGUUAGAAAUCAGAGGUUUAGCAGCUCUGCAGGUGACAUUGCAGUUGAAAGUGACAAAACUAAAACGGACAGUGUUCAGGAAAUAUCAGCUCACAGUGAGCUCGUUUCCAGUUUGUGGCGAGUUGUGUGUUUAGAGAGGAUGGUGUGCUGCUGCCAGAAAAGCCAUGUAAACAUUUUCUACCAAGCCAGAAUGUUUUUCCUAGAGCUGAUAUCAUGCCUGCUGAAGCUCUUGGCUUCAGUUCAGGAGAGUAUUUUACUACAGAAUUCACAUAUGCGAAAGUGAACCUGUGGGACCUGAUCCUAUAAAUCUCGUCAGUCAAAGGGAAGCAUAAAAAGUUGUGCAAUUUUGGAGCUGAGAGCCAGAUACUAUAUGGGAGGUCAAAAGCCAGUCAAGAAAGGCCAGAUGAGGAAGAAACAAAGUUCAACUUCUUAAUCGCAUUUGUGGCUUUUUUUGUUUGUUUGGAGUUUUUUUGGGGGGAUGGGUUUUAAUAUUGUGUCUAUAAAAUGCGCUCAGAGUGCAGCCUUUCCAGAAACUAAAAUAGAGAUAUAUGUGUUUCAGCCACCACUGAUCUGGUCUGACUAGAUCAUCAGGAAAUAAAAAUGUUCCGGGCAAUUCAGCUGAAUUUAGUUUGUGUAACCAAGGGAGAAUAAAUAAAGGUUGCAUCUGAACAAGUUUAUGUAGUUAGUAUUCCUUGACGUGUUGUUAAGCUUUAUGCUUCACAGCUUUCCUAGGAAACAGUCAACUUUUUAGACUGAAAGGCUGGAGGUCAAACUGAUAAGCUCUAACGUUUCUGAUUUCCAUGCAGGCAGAGCAGAGCAGAGGCUCAGCCUUCAAGGGGACUCCAGCUUUUGGCUGUCAAAGAAUGAUCUUCAGCAGAAGCUGCUCCUAACAGGAAUCUUGAAAGGAGGUGGUCCUGAAUAUCCCCAGACACUGGAAGGAAUUGACUCAAGGUAGGUCCUGGUGUGGGGACUUUUCACGUGUGGUGCAAAGGUUCAGAGGCUCAUCUGACUGGUGAGCUCACGGCCGAUGCCUUCAGCUCCCAGGGUGGUGACUGAGCAGCUUGGUAAGUGGGACUGGCCAAGCAAGCAGCCAGGCAUCAAUCAGCUGUCCUGAGCCUGUGGUGUCUUCUGACUCGUCCACCUGCUCCCAAAAUGGAGUAUGCCUGGUACUGGCUCGAUGAUUCUGGGAACUGGAUUGAAUAUGGGGAAAAGCAUUCAGAUCACUGCUGCGCCACAGUAACAUCUGAAGUUCUAGAGAAGGAAUUCCAAGAUGACCAGGAAGGCUCUGUGUUAUUCAAGGCUGGUUCUCAAGCAUAUAUAUUAAACUUUAAUGGCAUGGUCCAAACAAACUUGCACUAUAAAACUAAAAGGAAAGUUGCCCGACGGCCAAAAUUUCUGCCCUCUCAAGAUGGACAAGACAAAAGCUCAAACACGACCCUAUCCCAUUUUGUUUACCCUCCAGAAUGGGACCUAUCUGCACUGCCCGAUAUUGGGUUCAAGUUGAUAGAGGUCAGCUGCACUUCCCUCGAAUACAGUAAAAUUAAGAACCUGUUUGAGAAGACAAUGAAAGAUUUCUUCAUCCACCGAUUGCAGAGGAUCCAGAACCCAACACUUUGGCAAGUUUUUCAGUGGCAAAAGGAGCAGAUGAAGAAGCUCAGUAAAUUGGAGUGCGUGGAUGAGCGGCUCCUGUUCCAUGGGACAAGUCCGUCCCACAUGCCUGCCAUCUGUGAGCAGAACUUCGACUGGAGGCUGUGUGGGACUCACGGGACAAUGUAUGGGAAAGGAAGCUACUUUGCCAGAGAUGCCAGCUAUUCUCACAAGUUCUGUUCCUCUCAAAGUGGUCGCUACAGCAUGUUUGUAGCUAAUGUUCUUGUGGGAGAAUUUGUUCAGGGAAAACCCGAACACCUUCGCCCUCCACUCAGAGACAGCAAUUCAAACAGACUUUAUGACAGCUGCGUGAAUGACCCAACAGACCCUUCUAUCUUUGUUAUCUUUGAGAAGCACCAGAUUUACCCUGCCUAUAUCUUGGAGUACAGCGGCAAUACCCACUGUAGGAUCCUGUAGUGAAUGCUGGAUUCUCCUUUGAAUUUACACUGAAGAAAUCACACUUUAAUACAUUUUUUUAUUAUUUU